AUGGAAUCAUGCCGUAAAUAUAUGCUGACCUUCCCGCGUUUGCCUGAUCCAGAGGGCCCGCAGUUCUCCACUCGUGCUGAGAGCAACAUGUACCGCGCCUGGGGCGGUAGCGUGAUCAACAUGUCCGUUCUCCCCGAGGCCAAGCUCGCCCGUGAGGCCGAGAUCGCCUACCAGAUGAUCUGUAUGUCGACCGACUAUGACUGCUGGCAUGACUCGGCCGAUGUUACCGUGGAGAUGGUGAUGGGUAACAUGAAGGCGAACGCUGAAAAUGCUCGUCGUUUCGUGACCGCCGUCCUGGAUGCUCUCGCUGGACAGGAGCACACCGAGUUGGUUCAAGCCAAGCACCUUGCUGGGUCAAUUAAGUUUGGCGUGAGCACACCACAGCCGCACUGGAGCCCUGAAGCCAAGAAGAAGCUGGACUGGCUGUUCCCAGGAUACUUUUGA